CGUUGAGUGCUCUGGAUCAACAAGUGCGGCUUGCUUUCCCUCGUUCACCAACGUUUGGAUUGGCUCUGCCCCGCUUCCUCGCUGAACCGGAAUCCACGCCGUUCAACUAUCCAACACGUGAUAUCGAAACAUCAUUGUUCCAACCGGACGACGUUGGGAUCGUGGAGGGUGACGCGAGGGGAGAUUCUAAAGCUCUAGGUCUGACUUGGGACAUUGGUAGCAGCGAGAUGUCGGCCAUAACACAGCUUGAGGCACCCCUGGCGUAUCUGGACAGCACAAUUCGAGCGCGGCCAAAUGUCCGAGACUUUCUCCCCAAUGCCUCGAUCGUCUUAAUUGGUUCAAGGGGUUCCGGGAAGAGAACUCUUGGGUUUAUUGGUGCCAUGCAUCUUGGAAGGAGAUUGAUUACCGAAGAUUACUAUUUUCAGGAGGCCACAGGAAUUUCCAGGGGUGCUUAUAUGCAACAAUUUGGAAGCUUGGAGUUCUACAAGAAGAACAUAGAAGUCCUCAAACGUAUGUUGGAUAACCAUAGAUCAGGAUGUGUGAUCGAAUGUGGCAUGGGCAGCUUGUCAGGAGCAGCUCAGAAGGCCCUUCACGAUUAUUCGAAAACCAAUCCUGUGAUUUACAUUACCCGGGAAAGCGAAAGGAUCAAGUCGUUGUUGAGACUUGGAGAUGACGAAGCUGCUCGCUUGGAAAACGCAGAUUUGGCGCAUCGAAACUGUUCGAAUAUGGAAUACUUCAACCUAUAUGAUUCCAGCUGCGAUGGAACAGAGACACCACCUGAAAUCGGUUUGUCGAAUGUCUCGUCCCGAUUGAAAUACGCCAAAGAGGACUUUUCAGCUUUUCUCGAUUUCUUAACUGGGCAAGGCGUUGUUCGCAGUGGAUUCGAGAGCCCAUUCUCGAUAGCAGCUUUGCCGGCGGAGUUCAGAUCCUAUACUUACGCCCUAUCACUACGAUUAUCCGUCAUUCCAGAUGUGGAUUUGGCGGAUUUGGAAGCUGGUGCAGAUGCUGUUCAAUUAAAAAUUGAUACAUGGUCACCUGACCUUCAAAAAGUCAUCGGAAAGCAGGUCGCAACUAUCAGGAGAAGCCUUGGGGUUCCAAUUAUUUUCCAGGUUGAAGACUAUGCAUUUGAGAACUCACAAUUGUCUCUACAAGACCAGGAACAUGCAUAUUUCUCGUUGAUGGAAUAUGGCUUGCGUUUAGGCGUGGAGUAUAUUGUGGUGGACUUGAAAUACUCCUCGGACCGCUUUUCCCACAUCGUACGAUCUUCAGGCAGAACAAAGGUCAUUGGAUGCCAUACGCACAGAGAAGAGAAUUCGUGGGGCUGGGAUGAUGAAUCUCGAAUGAUUCAGUAUCGGAGAGCUCAGUCAUUGGGUUGCGAUAUCGUCCGUUUCGUGCGGAGGACAUCAAAAGCGAGUGAUAACGACACUGUCCGCCAAUUCGUCAACAAGAUCGAGUCAUUAUCAGAUCGUCUUCCAGUGAUUGCAUACAAUAUAGGAGAAAACGGCAGGCCCUCCCUGAUCGCCAAUCGAAUUUUCACACCAGUCACUCAUCCAGCCAUGCAAUCGACUGUGAGUAAGAGCCAAAUUCGACAAUUCCUCCCUACGGCAGCAGAGGCCAUGCAAGCACGAUACGAGACUCGAAUGACCGAUCCGAUGCAUUUUUACCAUUUUGGUGUCAGUGUUUUCUACAGUCUGUCUCCAGCGAUGCACAGUGCUGCAUAUGAGGAAUGUGGGAUGAUGAACGACUUUCAAUCUCUUCAGGUGUCUUCUCUCCAGGAUAUCCAGCAGCUCUGCCAGGACGCCAACUUUGGGGGUGCCGCCAUUACCCAACCCUUCAAGGUCGAGAUUUUGUCCCAUAUCGCAGCGAAGAGCUACCACGCAAAAGCCAUCGGAGCUGUAAAUACUCUGCUCCCACUUCGGACUCUUUCGAACGACACACCACUCGACGGAAGUACCCAGUCACUUUUACGGCAUGCGAAUCAGCGAGGCAAAGCUGGAGCCAUCAUUGCUCAUUAUGGCGACAAUACCGACUUCAUCGGAAUUAUGACUUGCAUCAGGCGCAACUUGUCACCACGAAACGUCAUCCAGCCAUCGAAAACGACAGGUCUGGUCAUUGGAGCUGGUGGUAUGGCUCGAGCAGCUAUCUAUGCCAUGAUUCAACUGGGAUGUCGGAAGAUUUUCAUUUACAACAGAACCAUCAAGCAUGCCGAAGGUGUAGCUCAACAUUUCAACUCAUGGGCUUCUGGAUUAAGUAGCGACGGCGAGAUCGUCCGCGUACUGAGAUCUGCUACCGAAGACUGGCCAGCGAGAUAUAGACAGCCAACGAUGAUCAUCUCCUGUGUGCCAGCAAGACAAGUCGGCUCUAGCGCUCCUGCGAAUUUCGAGAUGCCGAUGCAAUGGCUUGGAAGUCCUACUGGUGGAGUAGUUGUUGAGUUGGCGUAUUUACCCCUCGAUACUCCGCUCUUGAAACAGAUCCGCCGAGUACGAGAACAGACAAAACAGGCCUGGGUGAUAGUUGAUGGUUUGGAAGUCUUGCCUGAACAAGCUUCUGCUCAAUUUGAGUUGAUGACUGGGAGACGGGCCCCGAAGCGGAGGAUGAGGGCUGAGGUUAUGAAGAAUUAUCAUCUCUAUGAGGAGGGUGCAGCGUGAGGUAGUAGUCCAUUGACGAAUACAGUAAUCACCUGGCUGGGAGCACAUGUUUCAAGGCUAAUUGGAAUGCAUACGAUAAUUCAAUCCAUUUGCAGGAUAUUCAAUUUAUACUCAAACGAGAGUUAAGAGCCUUGAUUCCAAGCAUUAUCAUUCAUCAGUUAGUGUUGGCAUUCGGAGGCCGCCAGCGCGCGACUGGUAGAAGAUAUGACUCCUCGGACGAAUGGCUCAUUGAGAAUAAUUCAGUUGAUUCCUGAGGGACUCGUGUAAACAUGCAGAUAGUACCCUUUCCUCGGCUCAUUCACAUUCAAUGUACAGGGCUAAGCCAAUUAGCAUACCCAGCUGAGUUGGCCCUUGCCAGUUAACCAUUGUUGUCAUCCUUGCGUAUCUAAAGAGGAAGCAAGAUCUUGAUCUUGUGCACAGCAGAGAUGAGUUCUAGACAACGAUUGGUCUUUGUGCAGGGAGGGAUCUUCAUGUUUCGGCUAUUCAGAAAAUCUCACUUGCUUGGUAAAUCAUGAAGGAAGGCAUAUUUUUCAGUGCUGAUCCGAAACCAUCUACACUUGUCCAGACAUCAUAGUAAAAAUCAAAUAUUU